CGGCUAAAGGUUGGAGAAGGCAACGAUCUGCGCAUGCGCGUUGGGGUCUGGUCUUGCCCCGCGGCCGCCUUUUCCGGUUUCCGCUUCCGUUCCGGCGCAUGCGCGGGACCGGUGCGGCCUGUGGAGGCGGCCGCCGCCUCCUCCUCCGCCUCCUCCAUGGCUCAGGCCGAGAAGAUGGAGCUGGACCUGGAGCUGCUGCCGCCGGCCGGGAGCAACAGCGGCGGCGUCGACGGGGGAGGCCUGAGGCGCUCCAACAGCGCCCCCCUCAUCCACGGCCUCAGUGACAAUUCACAGGUGUUUCAGCCUUAUGUCUUGCGGACCCGCAGGAACAGCACAACCGUUAUGAACCGGCACAGCAUGUUGAUCUCAUCAUCUCCGAUUCGUAUCCCUAGCAGCCGGCUCCAUCAAAUCAGAAGGGAGGAAGGAGUGGAUUUGAUGAAUAGAGAAACAGCACACGAGAGGGAAGUGCAAACAGCAAUGCAGAUAAGCCAGUCAUGGGAGGAAAGCUUGAGCCUGAGUGACAACGACUUGGACAAAUCAGACAAAUCUUCAUCUCCAAAGAGGAUAGACUUCAUUCCCGUUUCUCCGGCACCUUCUCCUACAAGAGGUAUAGGAAAGCAAUGCUUCUCGCCAUCUCUGCAAAUGUUUGUGAGCAGUAAUGGACUGCCUCCGAGUCCCAUUCCCAGCCCCACCAGGAGGUUUUCAAAGAGAAGCCAGAGUCCCAUCAACUGCAUCAGGCCCAGUGUUCUUGGUCCCAUUAAAAGGAAAGGUGAAAUGGAGACCGAAAGCCAGCCAAAGAGACUAUUCCAAGGAACCACGAACAUGCUUUCUCCGGAUGUGACGCAACUGACAGACCUCAGUUCCUGCUUGUCUUCGGACCUCCUUGACGGGAGCAGCAGCAGCAUGGGCUCUUCCUCCGACUCCUUGGCCAAAGGCGGCGGCGUGGCUGCUGCGGAGUCUCCCAUCGCCUGCCCAGACUCCUGCUCCUCCUUCCUCUUGAUGGAGGACCUUUCGCCCAAGUGACUUUGCCGGGCCCUCCACCAGCCUCCGCCUGCGUCUACGCCAUUCCCUCGCUGUACGUUGGUACAGAGAAAGAAGCCCGCCGAGCUGAAUCCUCUAGGAUGCCAGGGUUUGAACCCAGAGUGGAAAUAUUAACAUUAACUUCUUUUUUUCGGCAACAUCUCCAAGUGGUUUCGAUCCUCCUUUAUAUAUGGGCCGUGUGGAUAUCCCGUUUGGUGAUUCAUUUUCUCAAACGAGAUUCUUUUACCUGCUUCCGCUCAGAGCACACAAACCUCCGAGAAAAACUAGAUACCCUUUUUAAAAAAUCCCUCAUUUGUAUUAGCAGAUGGAAAAAACCUGUUGCUAUUACAGAACUUUUUAGUUUGAGAUCCUCCUGGAUUAGAUGAGCCUCAAUACUUGGCUCAGGAAAAGGUUUUAUUUUUCCCGCUGGCAUAUUUGGAGCCCCAAAUCCCCAACCCAGAAUGCACUUAAUAGGAAAUUAUUUUCCCCCUUUUCGUUUCCCAAAGAUUUCCAGCGGAUACUUCCGUGGGCAAUGGCUGCUGGGAGCCAAAAAGAUGUCUCUGGGAGCAGGGGUUUUAUGGAUACUGCUGCUUGUAGGCUCAGUUAUGGAGGACCCUAAGUUGUGUCUUUGGAGUUUGGAUCCGUGGCUAUGAUUUGCAAAGGUUUAUGGCAGUGGCCGGUGUCCCUGAGACAUAUUGUGCCUUUGUGGGACGUAGCCGCAAAAGGGAGGAAUGUAAAAGCAGAGGGGUUUGGGGGUGGCUUCGAAGAGGCCAUUUGGUUGCAAAUUUCCUCAAUCCACUUUGGAGAGUAAGGUGCAUACGGAUUGUGGGAUAUAUCCUCCCAUUAGGCCCUCUUGGAAAGAGCAGGCCAAUAACAUAGCAUCAGUUGUUAUAAAGGCUUUACUGUUUGUCUAGACUAGACAUGGGGAAACUUGGGUCUUCCAGGUGUUUUGGACUUCAACUCCCAGCAUUCCUAACAGCCUCAGGCCCCUUCCUUUUCCCCCUCCGCCACUUAAGCGGCGGAGGGGGAAAAGGAAGGGGCCUGAGGCUGUUAGGAAUGAUGGGAGUUGAAGUCCAAAACACCUGGAAAGUCAAACUUUGUUCAUGCCUGGUCUAGACGUGAACACAGGAUGCGUUACUUAUAAAAGAGAGAGAGAGAGAGAGAGAGAGAUCCAUUUGUAAUCUACUGUGUUAUGCUAUUUAUUAUUUAUAACUGUAAAAAGAAAUAGUCUGGUGACGAAUUAUAGUAUUUUUUUAUGAUUGAGAAAAACCCUCUUUUUAUGUUCCGUGAGUCCUAGCUGGGCUGGAUUUAAAGAGGCGCAGCUACUUCUUGCCAGGAAAAAAAAAGGAAAUAAACAUAUGCUUCCAGUCCCCACCUUGAAUGUUUGUUCAGUCAUUCCCAGGCUCUUGUUGUCCAAAGCUACAACUCUUUUGGUAAGAGAAUAGCACUGAAAUGGAUGUGAGAUUGUGCUCCACUGAGUCUGCCUCUGACCACCCUUGCCCUUUGGACGUUUGGGAAGAGAGCAUUUGGUUUUCCCAUAUUUUUGCAUUCAAAAAACAUUGGUUUGGAAUUGUAAUAAGUACUGGAUUUGGGCCAAACGUGCCUCUGUUAAGUGUAUUUUGCCUGUGGAGAGUUAGUUUCCCCACUUCCAAUAAAUGUGCAUAUUGUAAAAAUAAA